AUGGGGAAGUUUUCAGGUCCAGUUCUAAAGCUUUUCUUCGUUGUUCUGUUCAUGUCAUUAUCGGUGCACACCAGCAGCAACAUUGAAGAGAAGAGAGAAACUGAUCACUGGUUUCAAAGGCUCCACUACUCAAAACAGAAGCUGACCCGGCUCCAUUUCUACUUCCACGACAUAGUUUCCGGCCCGGCUCAGACCACAAUGGUGGUGGUGCCACCAGCCAAGACCGGCAAACCAUCUCACACGUCGUUCGGGCAGGUCAACAUGUUUGACAACCCUCUAACCAAAGGACCUGAACCCACAUCUGAGCUGCUUGGUCGUGCCCAAGGUUUAUAUGGGUUCGCAUCCCAUGAGGACGUCAGUCUACUUAUGGCUAUGACCAUUGUUCUCACCGGUGGCGAACACAACGGUAGUAGCUUUACUGUUUUGGGCCGGAAUGCGGUGAUAGAUUCUACCCGAGAGUUCCCAGUUGUCGGUGGAACUGGUGAAUUUCGAUUAGGACGUGGAUUUGCGACAGCCAAGACUUACUUUUUUAACGACACUAUUGCUAUAGUGGAAUAUAAUGUUGUGGUUAUACAUUAUUGA